AGAUUAUCCCCCGCUUGACUCCGCCAUCUUGAAUUUGGGUUGACGUUUGAAGAGAAUUGAACUCUUGCGAAAGAACUAUUGCUCACUUGGCCUGAAAAUGUUUGCUGAUACUAUCCUUAUCUUAUUUAUUUCAGUAGCCACUGCUCUUCUUUCUGAAGGUAUGUGAAGCUUUUAUGAAAUUAAAAGGUUGCUAGCUAAUUUUUGCUUUAGCAUGGAAAGUUUUUCCAGGGCGUUACAAAUCGAUAAUUUCGAUACUCCAUAAAAAUCGAUAGUAAUCGAUAAAAUUAAUAUCAAUCAAUCGACCAAUAUCGCAAAUCGUUAAAAAUCGAUCACACUCAUUCUUCACAGGAAAAAAUAACGGAUUCCCAUUUUUGGAUAUUUUAGGGUAUUUAAAGAGUACCCACAAAAAUCCCAAAUUUGGAAGAGUUAGACAAGUCCCAAUGAGGGAAUUUGGUUGGGAAUUCCCUGGUUGGGACUUGUCUCACUUUGCCAAAUUUGAGAUUUUAAUGGGUAUUCUUUAAAUACCCUAAAAUAUCCAAAAAUUGGGAUCCGUUAUUUUUUCCUGUGCUUGUGAUUUUGUUCGAUUUCUAUCGAUUUCAUCGAUUGGGCUAUUGCAUUUACAUGUAAUAUCCAUACCUCCCCCCCCCUUUUCUUCUUACCCAUGAAGAUUGGCUAAAAUUGCAUUCACCCCUGAAGACUUCCAUAAAAUAUGGUUUUACCCCCUGCAGAAUUAGUUCAUAUCCCUGAAGAAUUUCUUAAAAAUUAAGGCUUCACCCCCAAAGAAUUCCAUAUUUUUUUACUCUACCCCUAAUUCCAUGGUUCCUCAACAGGGAAGGGGGGGGGGGUGCAGAUAUAGAAUGCAAGAGCCUAUUCUACCGAUUUGAAUAAAGAACUAUUGAAACGUUUAGAGCUUUGUAUUUUGAAGCUCAAACAUUACACAGCUGCGGUUUGUGUGGGGAUUCAAUCAUCCCUAUAGUUUCUAAUUUCUUUUGACCUCUUUCAAGAACCUCUACUAAUGAUGUAGCACCCGGCUACGUUCAUAGGAAAAAAGAUGAAAAAUAGAACCAAAAGAAAUCCAUAAUUGUUUGAUUCCCCACCUACAGUACCUGUUGUAUUUAUGCAGCAACUUGAAAUCUUAGUGACAGCCGUGGGAAUGACGACUUAAACACAGUCUGAAAGUAACAGAAUUUUACUGUUAAACAAUAAUCAGAAUCUGGCAGAACACGAUACCACAUGAUGCAAAUCCUGUGCAAUCUUACCUCAAUCUAAAGCUUUAGAAAAGUGAAAUUACAAUCAUUUGAUUAGAGCCAUAAACGUCUUGAUAAAUGCAAAAUAUUCACACAAUUCUGUCCACACUUUCUCGCUUAUCCUGGCCUACAUUGUAUGUUAAGAAAUUUAUCAUAAAAAACAGCAACUCUGUUGAACUCAAUGCAACAAGUUAGUCAUGCAGGCUAAGUAAAAAAAAACAGAUAAGGACAGGGAGGCCGGGACAUGUGACCUGACCUGACAAAUCUCGUGCUCGCAAUCCCUGCAUGGCUUACAACUGGAGUUGAGGAAAACGUGCUAAACCUUGUUUAAACUAAUAGAGCACAACUGACUUUGACAAUUUCUGUCUUCUGUCUUUUACAACGGACUUCUGUUUCCAAAACUCUGCAAAACGAGAAUGAGCUGAGUACCAGCUGAGACUCGUGCCAUUGAUCAGCGUUGAUAACCUGUGAACACACCAAUGACCUUGAAAACGAACAAAAAAGUUACCAGUAACAGGCAGUUGCAAGGUUGAAAGGUGAACAAGCUACAAUGGUAAUGACCUGGGACACUCUCUCUUUCAACAAUUUAUUAUUUGUUUUUACUUAUGUAAACUCAUUAUAUUAAUCGAUUCUUAUCCAAUUAUAUCAUUUUUAUCAAUUUAUCAAUUAGCUUUUCGAUGAUCGAUUUCGAUUGGUUUGUAAUGCCCUGGUUUUUCACUUCAAAAAAGUACAGUGUAGUGUACUGAACACUAACUUUAAUAAAAUGACCUAAGGUUUAGCCAUGUAAGGUUUUUCAGUACGUAAUUAUAUUACAUUGCUUCCAAUAUAUCCCAUACAUGUAUUUCAUUCUCUGGGUGGAUUUUGUUCAGGAUCACAGGCCUACCAUCCGUGUGAGCUGUUUCAGGCAGCGUUAUGUCACGUGGGCUAGCGGUCUAAUACAUGAAAUUAGUGUGCUUCUUCUAAACUGCGAGCAACAGCAAGUUGGCUAACAAUAAAACAACCAAUAAUUAUAACAAUGAAAAAAGACUGACGGAUAGCCAAUAACAUUGCAAUUUAAUUUAACAAUCAGGCCCCAGUUGUUCAAAAGCUAGAUAGCACUAUCCACUGGAUAAAAUUAAAUAUUAGGGAAACCAAUGGCAUUAUCCAGUGGAUAGAGAGAUAUGUGGCUAGCCUAUCCACCUUUUGAACAACUGGGGCCAGUUUGACUCAAAGAUUGUCUAUUGCAAGAGUUGUCAAACCAAAAAUCAUUGUCAUUUAAGGGACUGUUUCACGGUUCUGCACAUGUGUGAGUUGUGACAGGAGCUGGUUGUUUUUAAACCAAUCGUCACCACUCUCCGCCGCUGACAUGAACAUACAUGUACAAUAUAUUUUACACUCAUGUAUGGAAUAGAUAAUGGUACCCUCCUUAAAAAAGUUAUUGAUUUUGUCUUAACAUUGUACAUGUAGCCCUGAUUUUCUUUUUUCAUUGUUAUUACUAUUCUUUUUCCAAGGAAUCACCUAUUUGCUAGUGUACAGAACAGAUAAGUACAAAAAGUUAACUGCAGAGGUGGAGAAGGACAGUAAGAGAUGUAAGUCACACUUUGUGAUAUUUUUUUUUCUUGUUUACAUGUAAAGUCAUGUAGGGGUUCACUUGAAUUCUGGUUGGUAAGGUUUAGGAAGGCUUAAAAAAUUAUCAGGCAACAAAAAAAGCUCCGAACCCUCAAGUUGCCUAGCCUUAGAGUUAUGUGCAAAACCAAGAUUUCUUUGUUUGUUGUAAGAACAGUAGUUUUCAUGAUCAUACAAAUGUAUUGUUUGCAAGUAAAUUUAGUACUUCCAUAACCGUGGGUAUCCAAGGAUUUUUUUUUGCAUGGCAAUCAAGUGUAGCAUUUUUGGGUUGGCCAUAGGCCAACAUGUCUUUGGCUGAAGGCGGCUUGAGCGGUACCUCUGGUACUCAGGGUAAUAGUGAGUUCUAAAGUGAUGAGUCGUCACAAAAAUUAAAUUUUUAAAAUUAUGGGAUUUGUUGGGAUAUUUUGAAAACACAAAAUCCAAAAGGCCUGCUUGCCAAAAAUUAUCAUUCCAUGGCAAAUUGUCUUGGAGAUACUAGUCCCAUUUUGCCCUGAUGACUCCAUACAAAUCCUUCUAAAUUUGACUUGGUUCCUAAUGUUAUGAACUGAGUCAAACUUAGAAGGAUUUGUAUGGAGUCAUCAGAACAUAACUGGGCUAAUACAGCUGUAUCUGAAGGACAAUUUGCACUUGAAUGUUAAUUUUUGGAAAGUGGGCCUUUUGGAUGUUGUUCUGUCAUAAUACUUUGAAAAAUCCCAUAAUUUCACAAAUUUAAUUUCUUAUGACAUCACACUUUAAGACUCUAUAGAAGUGCUAGUAUAGUAUUUCCCAUAAAUAUGUAUAUGUAUGUACAUGUAGGAAUCCCAUUUUGAAAUGAGAUAAAUGGCAGAGUGCAGGUGGAAUACAUGUACACUGUACAUGUACAGUCGACUCCCGAUAACUUGAACCCUCGCUAACUCGAACCUGGCACUCAAAAUUUGAUUUCCCUUGCAUUUCCUUCAUACAUUUGCGGCAUAUAAUCCCUAUAAUUCUAUCCGAAAAUAGAAAUAUUCAGAAGGUCAUGAACUUCUGUUGGUGGAAUGUGACCACUUGAGACAGUGAAUUUUUCAGACCAUCCAAGACCAAAACUGGUGAUAUUUAUAUUAUUAGUGCAUGUAAAUGUACUUUAUUUGAUGCUGCUGUGAGCAGUGAUCUUUAUCCAGAUAUUGUCCAGAUUUUAGAAGGAGUAUGCGGCAACUUUGUGUGUACUCAUUUUUCAAACGGAAGAGGAUCGAAACCCUCACACUUCAAUUGGUUGCUUUUUAAGUACAUGUAGCUAGUAGGAAAAUAAGAAUUUCAAAUCACUGUGAUGGGCUCUCUCUAAUAAUGUACAAGAUCAAAGCUCAGUCUGACAGAAUAACUGUACCAUUCUCACCACAAGACUAAUUUUGCUCCUAUAAUAAAAUUGCAACUGAACACAAAGCUAACCCUACAACUUGUAAGGUUUAUAUAGAGAACCAAAACGGUUACCAUGGUCUUGCCUGAUCAGAAAGUGGCAUGUAUUUGUAACUGAACAGUCGGAAGCUCUGAAGCUAUAAAAUUCAAAAGUGUUACCAAAGAAGGAAUUACAUAAAAUUGUGCUCCACUCCAAAGACUCGCAUUAUCUACAAAAAAGUGAAGGGUAUCAGUCGUUAAGUUUCUUCAUAGUUGGUUAGCUGGCAUAACCUCGAGUUUAAGCUAUAAUUCCUUCUUUUAAAUGUGAACCUGCCGAUUACUCUUCUGGAGAAUUCUACAUCCUGCAAGCAUCUCACCGGAAAUCAAUAUGUUUAAAACAGACCAGUUUCAGGUCCUCUUAAUGUGAGAGAAGCUUCACAGCAUCAGCUACCCACCAGGAAGCAAACAGGAGGUUAAAGUUGUGUAGGCCCACUAAUUUCACUGCUGCAUCGUACAUGUUGAAAAAAUUCGAACAGUUGCAAACACGAGAACAGUAUUUUCACUGUACUUCUUCAGGGUCAGUGUGUGUGUAUUAAUCUAGGUACAUUUUUUUGCUGGCUCAAAGUUAGUGACCUUAAUCUGUAUAAGUGUUCACAAUGUUGGACUAAAAUUUAUUAUGUUCCUUACCUUCUGCAGAGGUGCAAAACUGGCAAUGGGAUUAUGCUUUAAAAAAUCCUUAUAUUUUCCCUAGAUUAUUUUACCAUUUUCCCUAUAUUGACCCCAAAUUUUUAAAAAUCGCCUCUAUAUUAAGCCCCAUAUUUUUGCUUGAAGCCAGCCAAAGCCCUGGUCCAAUUUUCAAAUACAAUGUUUAGUGCUUAGCUGAUUAAUCAAGGUUUUUGCUUUUAUUUUUUUAAAUAUCAAUAUAUAUGUUGUAGUUAAAAUUUUUCCUCUGGUAAUUUUUCUUUUUCUUUUGUUUCAACUUCAUUAGCAUACAUUUCCAUACCCAAAACAAAAGAAAAGGGAAAAUUACCUGAGAUAAAAAAUUAACUACAGUACAAUGUAUAUCUUGCUGCCCUUGAAGUGAAUUGUACAUGAUACUUGCAUUCCUCCCCUAUGCCAUUUCCUAACUUGUGUUUUUUUGCUUCAAAUUCCCGUUAACUUGAACUGUUUUUGAAUUCCUCGGAAGGCUUGAGUUAUCAAGAGUCGACUGAAUGUUUAUACAUGUAGAAUCCUCGAUUACAUUGUCGUUUUCUUCAUCAGUGUUAGUGAACAGUGUUCUUUUUAUGUUACUUUUCUUAGUGGAGAAAAGAAAAGAAACUAUAUCAGACCUUCCAAGACAAGGUGGACAGAAAAAGAAAAUGGGUAAGAACUAUUACAAUACAAGUAUUUUAAAUAUAUUAUAUUAUGUGAUAAACUUUUUCUGAAACUGUCACACAUGUACCAUGCAUCAUGGGGGGCAGUGGAGUGGUUGCCGCUAGACUUUUAUAUAAGUGAUGUUUAUACUGAGUUGUGUGGAUAUAGAAUUUAAAUGUGUACAACUUGGAGUGUACACUGUACUCACCUCUACCCCUCUGGGGUUUGGGAAGAGGGAGGGUGGAGGGUGGACCGGUGCAGGUUGGAAAUUGCCGUACAAUGCAGUCAUGUACAGAAACCUGUAACCCCCAAUAAGAUUUUGUUGUGUGUAUAUCAUCUUAGUCAUGUGUCAGAUGUGUGUCCAAACCAGUAACUUUGUUACAAAAUUUAACACCAUGUUCAUUCGCCUAUAAGCCGAGCGAUUUUUACACAGAUUAAAGCUAAUGUUUAGUGAAAUUUGAGCCCAAGAGGGAGUCUCUGCUUAUAGCCAAGAGUUUUUGUAAAAAUCUUUUUUAGUACAUUAAACUUCUACUAAAAUGGGUAUGUAUUCACUUAAAAGCCGAGCAAAUAGCAGCAAAAUAUCAAAUCGAUGCCAUUAGGAGAGUUGAUCAAACUGUUAAAAUGCUUUGAAAAGCCGUUCAUCAGCCAUUAUUUUUUGCCUGUUUAACAGAAAAGUGUUAGUGUACAUUUUCCUGGGGAAGGUCACAUUUUUAGGUUUUACUGUAGCUAAAAGUCUUGUAACAAAUGGGUCUCGGCUUAUAGUAGCAUGUUUGCGAUUUAUUUUUCAUUCUUGGUUAUGCUGAUUCUACUCAUUUUCAUCUGUAAAGUUUAGGGUCUCAGCAUAUAGCCAAGAUCAGCUUAUAGCCAAAUAAAUAUAGUAGUUAUGGCGACUCCUCGGACACAUCUUGAGAAAAAUCAUGAGUACCAGUCCAGAAUCGUUGAGUCCCAGUUCAAACUUACGAGUCUCCGGGUCAUUAUGUAACCCACAGUUAAUCUGAAGACAGUUUCCAAAACUCUGUAUACUCCUUCUAUUGUCAACACAACAAGACUAAAAGAAAUAUGUGUUGUUAAACAACAGCCAGAAGAACAGCCAUAGAAAUCACUCAAACAGGAUAUUCACCAAAAAUAUUUUCAUAUCAGCCACAAAUUAUAUGCUUCUCUGGGGAUUUUUAUGCAUCAGGAAAGCAGGAUGCAGGAUGCAGAGGUAACAAAAUCACUGCCAAUCAAAUGUCUGAUUUACGUGUUUUGUUGUUUUUAUUUUCUGUUUGUUAGAAAGAGUUGAAGAAAAGCUGAAAAACCACAACAGAGACCUCUCAAUGGUAAAUGUUGAGCAUAAGAUCCUGCAGCAACAAUCUUUUACUCUGUAGUGUGUCAGUAGAAUCUGCCACACAUGAAAAUGAUGUGAUUGCCUUUAAUAUUCCAGUUGUGCAUGAAAAUGCUUUUGAAUCAAACUGUACUAUUUUGAGGUAACAUUAGUGGGGAAUGUAACUAUUGCUUUGUUACAAUGAAAAUUUUAAAAAAGUAAAAAAAAAAAAAAUAACAAAAUGUCAAUGUUAUGUUGUUGUUGUUGUUAUUUUUGUUGUUGUUGUUAUUAUUAUUAUUAUUUUCAUUUUACAGUUUAUUUAGGUGUAUUGUCAUACAUGUAACUUGAAAUAAUACUAAUGCCUGAACAUACCUUAUUUCCUGCUUAGGUUAAAAUGAAGUCCAUAUUUGCUAUUGGCUUUACUUUUACUGCCCUUAUUGGCAUGUUUAACUCCAUGUAAGUGCCUACACUGAAGUGUAGUUUCCCAUUAUUUAUGUCAAACCUGAUAAUGCAAGACUGUGUGUUUUUUGAACGACUUCAAAACCUGUGAUGAGUGAGUUGAUCUAUAUCAACUCAUUUUUGCACUGAUAUUUAGAUUUGGGGUUAUUUUGGUGUAAAAAAUUGGAAGUAAAGUUUAGCUGUGUCUUUAUCACAUAUAAAGACACUCGUUAAACUUUAAUUUUUUUUCUUUUUUGAAUUAUUAAUGAGUUUUUGAAAGUUAUUCACAGUUAGUUAACCCUUUAAGCCCUGAGAGUAAUCAAAAGAGAAACGAGAUCACACAAGAUGAAUUUGAUUGAUAUUUUGAUAACCUCUCCCUAAUACAGUAGUUCCAAAGGAGACGUAUACAUGUAGGGGCUGUAAAUGACAAUUUCAGUUCUGAUAUUAGGGUUUAAAGGGUCAAUGUCAUUUGUAUCUUUUAUGAUGCAAUAUACAGACCUGUACAUGUAAAUAUUACAUCUAAAUUUAUUUCACAAUUUGUUUUAACAUACCGGUAUAUCAAAUGGAAAUUCUUUCUGCUGGAGUAAUUUAACGGGUUCAUAAUGUUUCUCCAUACAGUUUUGAUGGCAGAGUAGUGGCAAAGCUACCGUUUGUUCCUCACUCAUGGCUUCAAGGAUUAUCUCACCGGAAUUUGAUGGGUACAGAUUUCACUGACUGCUCCUUUAUUUUCCUCUACAUUCUCUGUACCAUGUCUGUUAGACAGGUAUGUGAACUGUGUUUUUAUCUAAAGCAUCACUUCAUAUGAUCAAAUAAAAAUAUGGGGCUGUCACUAAGGGCCAGGGGGCCAAGGAUUUACCCCGGCUACUUUCAAGUGCAAAUUCAAGUUCAAAUUCAGUGUAUUCACACAUAUUCAAAAAAUUUACACCUAAUUAUACAUGUACAAUAAUAAUAGGAUCUCAAGAAAGGGAAAUCAGAGCUAGUAUACAAUAUAAAAUAUUACAUUGGAAAAGUGUGUAGUGGCCAAAGGGGAACAGCUUUCGAGUUGGCUACUACUAUAGUGCAGUUACUAAUAGCAGGGGUUUCAUUUGCAAAACUAAUUAGUUAGACAUUGGCGGCGUCCACCGCCUAUUGCAUGUUCACAUAAACCAAAGAGGAAACAAAAGAUAAAGAACCAAAGGAACUUGCUAGCCAUUCAAUACACUGCCUGCUACGUAAUUGGAUAAUUAUACCCAGCAACUUGAAAUCUUAGUGACAACCCUGACAAUAUCACUUAAUUCUGUCCAAAUUGUAGAUACUGUAUUUAUGUGAAUAAGUGCCCAACCUCGAAUUAGUGCCCAUCCCAAAUAAGCGCCCAUCCUAAAGGCAGAAAAAGUUAAUAAGCGCCCAGCCUCGAAUAAGCGCCCACCCCCUCCCAAUCAAACUCAAAUAAGCAGUCACCCCCAUCCCACCCACUUGAGUGAAUAAAUAUUGAUAAGAGACUUGUCCGAGGACGGAGAUUUCGUCAGAGUAUUUUACAGAAAUCUUGCCUUGUUCCUUCUUCGCGUUUUGUUAUUAGCAUUUAUUGCUUUGUUGCAAAAUAAACAUACUUCACUUGCUGAAAAUGGUGAAAAUUUAAUAAGCGCCCAACCUCCAAUAAGCGCCCACUCUCAAGGUCUAAAAAGUUAAUAAGCGCCCAGGGCUGUUAAUCGAAUAAAUACGGUACAUGUAAUAGCCGGUAAUAGCCUUGUUUUCAUUAUAAUACCAACAUCAACAUUAUAGGUAGCCUUCCCCAUCAUGAUGGAUGAGCCCGACGAUCAUAGAAGAUCUAUUCCCACAGCAAAAUUAAGGAAAAUAGGUCUCAAAAUGGUUGCUUAACUAUCGCAAUCAAAAUUAUUCUUGAGGUGCACGUAAUAUCUCAAAGCUUACAGAGUAAUACCUAAACACCCAAACUGGAAAAGAGGCAAAAUUAAUAUUAAAAAUAACAUAGCAUAAAUAGUAUUUCAUGCACUUUAUACAGUGUACAUGUUCAUCUCGCAUGAACUUUAAUAAGGAAGACGAAAAACACCAAGUAAUGAAAAAUCUAUGCUCCAGGACAGCAGGCGAAAUUGGCGACUUUUGCAGCAAAUUAUUUUAAUCACCUGCACUAAACUGUACAUAUAUACUGUAUAGAGAGAACCUGUAUAGCUGGUUUCCAGCAAUGUGAUAAGGCAGCCAUGCUGCUGGCAGGGUUAAAAAUAACGGCCGGUCAAUGGACAAUGUCUGGCCAAGAUGACCAGUUUUGACUGGACAAACUUUCGGUUUCCUGGUUGUUUUGACCAAGCACGUAAAUACUCGUAACCGACCUGAAAUAAAAACAAUACAGUCAUUUUCACACCAUUACGUUUCAAGAGGACGAGCAUCUUUUGUCACUAUAUUUUUUUGCUUGGUAGGCUAAUACGUUCAAGUUUAAUCUGUACACACUGUAAGUUAAACAGUUUGACUGGUCAGAGAAGAACCUUGAUCGAGCUCAAUUUCUUUGGCCGGUCAACACGACCGACAACAGUCCCAGUUCUUGCACUCCGAAAUGUCUGCUCCGAAAAAGCUGUAGACCAGUUAUUAGGGGAACCUGUAUCCAUUGGACAGUUGGAAAAGUCCUGGAAUUUAUUUCCCUUAAUGGUCAACCAACAUGAUGGUCUUACUUGUAAAUGCUCUUUUUACUAUUAUUUUUUUCUUUUGGCACAGAAGAGGUAGAAAAUACAUUAUACUUCUUCACGUCACUGUCUUUUUUUUCUAGAUCUGUGUUUAAAUUCUUAAACCUGUCAACUUGUAAAGUUAAGGCUAACUCACAGUGGUCAUUCCUUGUGUGACACAGAUCAGUGUAAAUCACUGACCCUCUGGUAACAAGUCGUCGUCAAAACUUACAUGCAAUACGUGCAUGUAGCAAAAUGUCAUGUUUUAUCACUGCUAGUAUUUAUCCUGAAAUAAAUAUUUAGUUAUUAGAAGUUAAAUGUAUUUCAAAAGAGAGACGGAUAACAAAAUGUUGUCUUAUGUUUUUGUUCCACAGAAUAUUCAGAAGAUGUUAGGUUUUGCACCUUCCAGAGCAGCAAGCAAGGUUGGCGGUCUUCUUGCUCCACCUCAAGGAGCUAAAUAAACUGGAAAGGAAAGAUAUCGUGCUGUCAUUACCAGCAGCCAGCUGCUCAUAAUAUGCUGUUAGAGCGGUUUUCAUUUGAGUGUCGAAAAGUAAUUGGUUUUGCCCUUUCUACACGAUGCGAUUGGCUUAAAAGAUUCGCGCCACCUUUUCAUCCAAUCAGAAGUAAGACCAAAGCCAAUUGUGACGCGCUUGCAUGCAUUUUCCCGUGCUUUGCGUCAGCCACAUGUAAUUACUUCGAGCUUUGAUUGGUUCAAUGUAUUGUCUGUGUCCUAUGUGAUUGGCCAGAGUAAUUACUUUGGUUUUGGUUUUACGACACUCAAACGAAAACCACUCUAUUGAUUUGUUCUUUAAAAUUCAGUUGACUGCUGUACGAUUUCAAGAGAGGAUAAAGCUGAUGACGAUUUACAGUGGCAUUCCAUCAGUGACAUAUCUUUAGGCUUUGCUUCUGGAAAUCAAUAGUAAGAGUUAACCCUUUCACUUCUAAGGGAGUUCGCCACAAGAGGGACAAACUUUCUCCUGUAGAGUUCUCUUAUGAAUAUGCACGCAAAAGAAAUGUCCAGCUACUAUGUUCCAUCAUCAUUUACCUUAGCUAUUUUCACAUUAUACCGGAUACAUACAGCUCUUGCGCCGACACGAAAACCAUACAUAAGAAAUGUGAUUGCUGUGCGGUUUCUAUAACUGACCGAAGAUUCUGUCCACACUCUUAGUUCAGUUGGGGCAGUGUGAAUUGUAUGAACAGGUACCGCUCGGACCGAAGCGGAAGUGAAUAAAUACGAUCCACUGAGACGGAAAUAAAUAUCCAGCAGUGGCAUUUAGUUCACCAUACCCUCUCGGCCAACCGCCUUCGGCCGGCCGGCCGGCUGGCACCAUGUUCGAUGUGUGUGAAGGUUGCUAUACGGUAUAGUGCCAGGGACAUGUAGCCUUAACACAGACCUGUUUUUUCUCCUUACAUGUGUCAUCAUACUAAGUAUUUUGUGUAUUAGUUAUAAGAUAUAAUAUUAGCAUAAAAAGAACGUUCUCUAAAAAUUAGAACCAGAAAAUAAACUCUUGAUACGAAAUUAAUAGUUAACUUCAUUCUCUUUGAUAAUUUUGAUUAGGGAGUUUUAGCAACGACCUAGUGACGGCAACAGGAACGGUAAAAGUGCAAAAGAUUUAUUUAUUUUACAACUUUGCACGUGCAUCAAUUUUUUUUUGUACCUGUUUUCGCUGUCACAGCGCGACUACAACUACCCUGGUUACCAGAGGUCUUUCUCGCGUGCGGCGGGAAUUUUCGGUGUUGGCCGAAGGUCGAAGCCACGAGCAGCGAAGCCGCGAGAAAAAACUUUUCGCGCGGGUCACUGUAUAGGCUUGACAGAAACCGGAAACCGCGCUAGAAAAGCGUCUGGCACCCAGGGUAGACUACAACGUGAAAGUGCCUAAUUUCUCUUUUUAUGGAAGACGCAAACAAGCGACGACGCAUUUCUUUCUAAGGAAACAACUCUAGCUAGCGGUUGUACGUUUGUCUCAAGGUUCGUAUCUUAGUUGAAUGAUGUAUUUUGUUUCUUCCCAAACAUACCCCUCGUGCUGAAACGUAGCCUGUAAACAGAUGCUGUUUUAUUUUUCUUUUCGUUCUUUUCAAAAAGAUCGGCGAGCUCACGAGCGAAGCGAGCGCGUGUGAACGAGCGCGGAGCGCGAGAAAGAAAAAUAAAGACUACACCCUUGCGCUGGAGGUCAAUAAAUC